GAUACCGCAGCGAGGGGUCUGAAGGUGCCGAGUGCUCUGGGAGCUUGGGUCUGGGUAGGAACUCGAUGUUAAGAGAGUGAGAGCUGGGAGGUGGGCAGGACUCACCAAGGAGCUGCAAACCAAAACAAGAAAUCUAGGCAGCAAAAGGAAAGAAAGGGUGAGCUUGAGCCAAGAUAUCGAGCCAAGUGGAACUGGAGGAAAUGUCAUCAUUGGUAAAGGAGGACUUGGAGAAGAAACUGUUUAAGCCGCUCUCGCAGAAUCUGUAUGAGUUUAUCGAAAUAGAGUUCUCGGUCCAGGACAGAUAUUACCUCUGUGUGUCAGUGACCAAAAAUGAAGAAGUAAAAAUAAUUAUGGUGAAACACUACAGAAUAGGCUUAGAUGAAAAAUAUGAAGUAACCAAAAAGUGGUCUUUGAAUGAUCUGCAGAUGAUUGAUGGAAAAGAAGCAGAUACCGACAACCCAUUUUUUGAUCUGCACUUCAAGAAAGUGUACCGUUUGGAAGCAUAUAGUUGUGCUUCUAAAUAUGCCUUUGCUCGAACUAUAAAUAAGCUGAAUCAUGCAUAUCUUAAGAAGGACUUACAGAUUGUGAACUUUGACUCGACUUACAUUAACGAUGAUUCUGUGUGGUCCUCCAACAACAAGGAUUGCUUGGUUCUCAUGAGAAUAUGCUUUUAUGCCUUCAAUCUGCUGUGCCUGUCCCUGUGUCCCCUGCCACUGUGAAGAUGCAGACCCUUUUUUUCAUCAGUAUCCUAUAAAAUGGUUCCCUAAGUAAAUAUUGGUAAUCAUGAUUUUGUUUUUUCUUUCUUCAUUAGUGACUGUUAUUUAUAUGAAAAUAAAACAAUGCUUUGUGAAUUGCAGUAAAAUGUGUUUUAAUAAAAUCAUUCGACAUUUGGAACUUUUGCCUAUGUGUUCCUUGGUAACUUUGGAAGGAGUCGAAUGGUUUUGCUUAAAUU